AUGGCUUCAACGACGAGUGGUUUAUCACGGCGACGUAAUGCUGGUUCAGGGCUUAACUCGACAAAUUCAUCGUACGAGAGUACAGCUUCAACAAUAGAUCGUUCAGUUUCCAUUGAAAAUGGUGUAAGAAUUGCUGUGGAUCCUAAUGACGUACCUGAUAAAGAAGAUAAAAAUCAACCAAAAUUAACGUUGAUGGAGGAGGUUCUACUAUUGGGUUUAAAAGAUAAACAGGGAUAUCUCUCGUUUUGGAACGACAAUAUUUCUUAUACUCUUAGGGGUUGUAUCCUUAUGGAGCUUGCUUUUCGUGGACGAAUAGCAAUGGUCAAAGAUUAUAAUCGUCGUAAAGUUCCUCUUUCAGAAAGAUCUAUUGAAGUAAUCGAUGAUAGACAAACUAAUGAAGUACUUCUAGAUGAGGCUUUAAAAAUGAUGAAGCAAAGUGAAACAAUGAGCGUAGGAAGUUGGAUUGAUUUAAUGAGCGUACGAGAACGUUUAGCAAAAGGUUUGGUAGAUAAAGGUAUUCUAAGAACUGAAAAGCGAAAUUUUUUGCUUUUCGAUAUGGCUACACAUCCCGUUAGUGACUCUUCCGCUAAAGAUGAAAUAGUAAAAAGAGUCAUUAAAACUUUGACUCAUGUUAAUUCUUCUGCAAUAUCAUCAGACCCUGAUAUACCUUUCAGUCAAUUACGUACUGUCGCCAUGGUAUGUGCUGCUUAUGCUGCAAAUGUUUUGGAGAAUGCUUUGGUACAAUUGUCUCAUGAGAUGAGAGAGAGAGCAUAUACAAAGGUUGAUGAAUUAUUAAGUGAAUAUUCAUCUUGGCCUUUUUCAAAAAAAGUUAAAGUAGAUAUUCCAGAAGGAAAAGAUUUACAAAUAGAGGUGGUAGCAGCUGUCUUGAAUGUUUUCACAAAGAUGGAUAGUAUCUUGUAA